GCCUGUCCUUGCCUUAAGUGCCCGGCUGGACUCCGGGAGCCUGGGCUGGGGCCUGGGCACUGCUUCCUCCUUGGCCCCUCAGGCCCUUGGAAGAAGAGAGAGAACCGCUUGCAGAUCCCAGGCUCAGCCCCAGCACAGCAGACACCAGGAAGGUGGCCAGAGCCCCACUGUGCCCGCUUGACAGCCACCCACCCACCCAGGCUGGAGCCAUGGAUAAAUUCCGCAUGCUCUUCCAGCACUUCCAGUCGAGCUCAGAGUCGGUGAUGAAUGGCAUCUGCCUGCUGCUGGCUGCAGUCACUGUCAAGCUGUACUCCUCCUUCGACUUCAACUGUCCCUGCCUGGCGCGCUACAAUGCACUCUAUGGCCUGGGCCUGCUGCUCACACCCCCACUCGCCCUGUUUCUCUGCGGCCUCCUCGCCAACCGGCAGUCUGUGGUAAUGGUUGAGGAGUGGCGCCGGCCCUCGGGACACCGGAGGAAGGACCCGGGCAUCAUCAGGUACAUGUGCUCCUCUGUGCUGCAGAGGGCGCUGGCCGCACCCCUGGUCUGGAUCCUGCUGGCCCUCCUUGAUGGGAAGUGCUUCGUGUGUGCCUUCAGCAGCUCUGUGGACCCUGAGAAGUUUCUGGACUUUGCCAACAUGACCCCCAGUCAGGUACAGCUCUUCCUGGCCAAGGUUGCCUGCAAGGAGGACGAGCUGGUCAGGGAUAGCCCUGCUCGGAAGGCGGUGUCUCGUUACCUGCGGUGCCUGUCACAGGCCAUUGGCUGGAGCGUCACUCUGUUGCUGAUCAUCCUGGCCUUCCUGGCCCGCUGCCUGAGGCCCUUCUUCGACCAGACAGUCUUCCUGCAGCGCAGAUACUGGAGCAACUACGUCGACCUGGAGCAGAAGCUCUUCGACGAGACCUGCUGUGAGCAUGCGCGGGACUUCGCGCACCGCUGCGUGCUGCACUUCUUCGCCAGCAUGCAGAAUGAGCUGCAGGCGCGGGGGCUGCGCCGCCACCCUGCAGGGAGGAGCCUUGAGCCCUGCCCAGUGCCUGAGCCCCCAGAAGACCUGGACGGUGGCAGCGGGAAGGCCUAUCUGCGCGCAAUCUCCAGCCAGGAGCAGGUGGACCGCCUCCUGAGCACCUGGUACUCCAGCAAGCCGCCGCUGGACCUUGCUGCAUCUCUCGGGCUCUGGGGGGGUGGCCUUAGCCACCGCGCCCCUACCUUGGCACUGGGCACCAGGCUGUCCCAGCACACCGACGUGUAGGGUCCCGGCCAGGCUAGAAGCCGCAGUGUUCCCAGGUGAAAUGUCGCGCUGGGGUCUUUCCAGGCCGUGGGGAUCCCACACAGCAAGGCAGCCUAAGUCUUGUUGGCCUCCUUUUUAAAGUAGCUCAAUCUCUGCCUGGUGUGGCCUCCAGGUGCUUCACAGACUUUAAUGUGGACUCGGUUCACCGAGGUCCUUGUUAAAUACAGGUUCAGACUCAGUGCAGCCAGGACUGAGUCUGAGAUUCCG